CCAUCAUGGUGGAGCUCUCGGCGGGCGCCAGCGUUGCUGUCGGAGUCGUCGUCGGUCUCGCCUCGACCAGCAUCCAGAGCGUCGGCCUCACCCUGCAGCGCAAGUCGCACCUGCUCGAGGAGGAAAAGGACGACGACUACGAGCGCCGCCCGCCCUACAAGCGCCGCCGCUGGCAGCUGGGCAUGUCCAUGUUCAUCGUCGCCAACCUCGUCGGCAGCACCAUCCAGAUCACCACCCUGCCGCUGCCCGUCCUCUCCACCCUGCAGGCCUCGGGCCUCGUCUUCAACUCGAUAUGCGCCUCGAUGAUCCUCAGCGAGCCCUUCACCCGCUACUCGCUCAUCGGCACCACCCUCGUCGCCCUCGGCGCCCUGCUCAUCGCCCUGUUCGGCGCAAUCUCAGAGCCCUCGCACAACCUGGACCAGCUGCUGGUCCUGCUGGGGCGCAAGCACUUCCUCGUCUGGAUGUUCUCCACCCUCGUCGUCGUGCUGCUCCUCAUCGUCGCCACCUGGCUGCUCAAGCGCAUGUACCCCCGCACCACCCCGCGCCUGCGCCUCGUCCGCGGCAUGUUCUUCGGCUGCGUGAGCGGCAUCCUGUCGGCGCACUCGCUCCUCGUCGCCAAGAGCGCCGUCGAGCUGCUGGUGCGCACCAUCGUGGACCGCCACAACCAGUUCAACCGCUGGCAGUCGUGGAUGAUCCUGCUCGGCCUCGUCGUCCUCGCCCUGACCCAGCUGUACUACAUGCACCGCGGACUGAAGCUGUGCAGCACAAGCGUCCUGUACCCCCUGGUCUUCUGCGUCUACAACAUCAUCGCCAUCAUCGACGGUUUGAUCUACUUCCACCAGAGCUCCCGCCUAUCCGGCCUCCACGCAGGCCUCAUCGCGCUGGGAACUGCCAUCCUCCUCGCAGGCGUAGUCUGCUUGAGCUGGCGCCUGGAAGAAAGUGAAGAGAGCGAACAGGAGCCCAUCUCCCCGGUAGCCAGCAAACACCCUGGCAGGGUACCCCUCCCGCAGACUGUGCUCCAACCGGGAAUCGGCCUCAUGCACAGUCACCUCCUCGACGACCCAGAAUCUCCACUCGAUAUUGAAGAACAAGCCCCAGGCGCCCAUGGCUCCAUUGCCGAGCAACUAAAGCGCAAGAGUGUAGACGAACGGACUCCCCUGCUGCAGCGCGCCCCAACCGGUCCCGCCCUCACUAUAUCCACACGGCCGAAGAAACGGCCCGUGUUAGACGACUCCGAACCCAACAGCCCGCACGCAAGUCCCCGUGCGAGCCCAUCCCCACGCAGACCCCCGCGCAGACGACGUGUAACUAUGACGGAAGAAACCCACGAAAUCUGGGACGAGCUCAACGACAGACACGUCCGACGAUCCGUAGAUCUGGACAUACGACCACGAUCUAUAUCAGGCACAUUGCCCACGCGGAGGAAGAACACACAAUCAGCCUGGCUGAACCAGAUGCGCAGGCGUUCAUGGUUCGACGCGUUGGGCGGAAGUCGCAGCGCGUCGCACGGCAAGAAACCUGCAGACAGCUCUGCCGCGCUCCUCCAACACCCCGAUCCAGACGACUCCGACGCAGAUGCAGACGGGGAUAUCGAGACGCAGAGUAAAGGCGGCGACUGGUUCAAGUUGAAGUGGUGGCGCAAGAGAUGGCGAGACGAUGAGCAUCAAGAUACAUGAUUAUUUUUACGUACGCAUUCUUUUUGUUACAAUGGCAUUGAAAUUGUCCCUACUUCGUCUUCUUCAUCCUCAUCCCCAUCUUUUUGCGCGCUGUGUGUGUAUACCCAAUCCAAAUCAAAACC